AUGGAGCUGCAGCUCGUGGUGCUGCCGUUCCUCAAGGUCGAGACGCGGCGGAGAUCAGACUUGCAUCUCGCCGCAGCGGAGGAUCAGGUGGCCGAGAUGGAGGUGCUACUCCAGCAGCCCCAGGAUCCUGAUGUUGUGGAUGAGAUGGGCCGCUCUCCCCUGCACAUCGCUGCCUGGUGCGGCAAUGUGGAAUGUGCUUCCUUGCUAGUGGAGGCCUUAGCAAACGCGGACCACAGUGACCCUGACGGUGCCACGCCAUUGCUCGCAGCAUCUCACCAGGGCCACACGGAGGUGGUGCGGUUCUUGCUUCUGUGCUCCGCAGAAGUGGCGACGGCCGAGGCCGAGGGCGCCAGCCCACUUUUCGUUGCUUCUCAGAACGGUCACGUGGAGGUCGCUCGCUGCCUGCUGGACGGGCGGGCCGACCUACACCAGACGCUGACCAAUGGCGUCUCGCCCCUGGCCUCGGCAGCACACAAAGGCCACGUGCAGGUGACAGAUCUGCUGAUCCAGGCAGAAGCCGAUGUCAACCAAAGCGACAAGAGUGGUUUCACGCCGCUCUUCCACGCCUGUCGCAAGACACAUUCCGAGAUCGUUCGCUUGUUGCUGGAGGCCAGGGUGGUGGUGGACCGCGCCAGCAGGGAUGGUGCGACGCCCCUGAUCAUUGCAGUUGAGAAAGGCUCCAUGGAAACUACUCUGCUGCUUCUGCGGUCUCAGGCGGACCCUCGCAAAGCCACAGCUACGGGAGCAACCCCACUGCUAGCAGCAUCCCUCUACGGCCAGACGGAGAUCUUGCGCAUGCUGGUCGCAUCGUGUCCCAGUGACGUAUCUCGGAGCCUCUCGCCCAGCCCAUCUCCCCCCAAGACACAACGGAGUCCCUGGCAAAGUUCCGGGGAGCUCCUGGAAGCCUUCGAAGACCGGAGGCCGAAGAAUCUCGAAGACUUCGAAAAGCGAUGGCAACAAAAAGCUGACUGCCGCGGAAGCGGGGCGGACCUGAGCACGCCGAGUCCUGAUCCCCUGGAAGAGUUCCAGCGAUCCACUGCUGCCACGCCUGCCAGCAGAGAAGGCAAAAGAGACGGCAAGAAGAAGGCUACGUCCCCGGAGGCCGAAGAAGCCGUGGAUGAUGCGCAGAUGCGAAAGUCUGCGAGCAUGAAAUCCCUUGCAUCGGUGCAGUCGCCGACAUCACCGAAGUCGCUCAUGUCCACCAUGACGUCCUUGAAGUCUCUCAAGUCCAUGAAGUCGAUGGCGUCUCACGUCUCUGCGUCCUCCGCAGCUAGCACGGACGCCGAGACUACAGCGUCUGCUGCAGCUCUUGGGGACACAGCGGACCUGUCCGAUAGUGCAUCGCCGAAGCCGACGCCUGCGUUUACUUCCCAAGGCCAGGAUGAGGGCAACUUCUGCGAGACAGCACGGGCACUCUUCGGCCGCUUCAUGCAUCCCAACAACAUCGAGACGCCGGAAGCAGGACACUACCGCGUCUCUCACAGCUUUACCAAAGUGCGCUCCCCGCUCUGGGAGUUCGGUGCCAGGGCGAAGCACAUCCCGAGGAAGCAGCGAGAAGCGGACUCUGGAAUGGAGCUUGGGGAGUCUUGGUCCAGCUUCUCCAAGGCGUACGAGCCUGGGCUGCGAGACGGCUACCUGAAGCUGGCCACCUCGAGGCCAGAGCCCGCAGACGCCUGCCACUAUGGCAUGACCUUCGCACCGGAGCACUACGGGGCGUGGGCCACUCUGGAUGCUGCUUCCUCGUCGUCCGUUCGGCAACCGGCGUGGGACUUCAAGAGACACAUGCAUGGGCAUACUGCAGACUUUGCCAUGAACUUCCCGUUUUUCGAGCCGGGAAAAUACAACGUCAAGGAUCAGUACACCUGCGUCGGCAUGCCCUUUUCCAAG